AUGGCGGUCUUGAUUGAUGUGACCAAAUCAUGCCUUGAUUCCAUCACCCAGAUGGCUGAACAUUUGGAGGGUGCCAUUAUUUAUCUGGAUUCCGGAUGCACAGAGAGCUUUCAAUUUGCUGGUGCAUUUCCUGUGUUUCUAGACCUUGGAGUUCGAGCUGUAUGCAGCCUUGAAAAUAUGUCUUCUCUUGAUGCGGUGGUUAGUUGGAACUCGAAUGAUGAUGUUGCAACGAAGAUUGUGGUUUUCACAUCUCGCUUCCUCAGCGAUGCACAUCGGUAUAUUUUACGUUGCCUGAGCAUCCAUGAGAGUGUUCAGAAGUGUACAAUCUGUACUUCUAUACCAGAGACAUCUCACUCAGCAUAUCCAGAUUCACCGCUGGGACCGGAUGCUUAUCAUGAGUAUGAAUCCUUGCUUCUUCAAGAUUUUGAGGAGCUUGUGAAGAAAGGUGGAAAGAAGUACGAACAUUCAGAAGGUGUGAAACUCCAGGAAAGUUUAAGCUUUGAGAAUGAGGGAUGGGCGCAACUCUCAUUCAAUGAAGAGGAUGCUAUGCAUCUUGAUAAAAGUUCAAUCGGAAAAGAGAUUGGAAGUAUAGGCCCGAGAUUGGUUGUCUUUGUACAUCACUUCCCCAUGCUUUUGUGUCCUUUAUCUCGUAGAGUCUUUGUCCUGCCAUCUGAGGGAUCAGUUGCCGAAGCUUCUUUAUCAGCUGAACAUGAAGAUUCUCUAAGUCCUGGACUACCACCCAUCAGUACUGGCGCGCUUGCCAAUAGCGAUGAUGUUCCCCCAGGAGCACUUCUUACUGCGCAUUUCCUUUACCAUUUAGCUGCAAAGAUGGAUCUAAAACUGGAUAUUUUUUCCAUGGGCGAUUUGUCACAAACAGUAGGCAAGAUUAUGACGGACAUGUCAAGUCUUUAUGAUGUAGGCCGCGGGAAACGUCCAGCAGGGUUAUUGAUAAUUGAUCGAACGCUUGAUCUCCUUACUCCGUGCUUCCAUGGGGACUCACUUGUUGACCGGAUGUUCUCAGCUUUACCCCGUAGGGCAGGAGUAUCUCAUUCUCACAUGAGAGACUCAGAGAGCCAGCUCAAACUUCAUUCUCCAAUCCUACAACGUGCUCCUCUUGAUGUGAAGAUACCACUCACAGAAAUAUUAGAUGUAGAAAUUAGGGAUUUUCAGCUCAUAGAAAGAAUUGAAGCUUUCUUAGAUGGCUGGGAUAUCCACAAAUCUACUCCUCCAAUUGCUGAUGUGGGUAAUAUCUGCAGUAAACUUCGGGAUGAAAAAUCUGUUUCUUGUGUGAGUCAAGUGCUUAAUGGAUCCGUUGUCUCUACUGAAAGUUUUCUUGGCACGGCAUUUAUGGAGGCCAUACUAGAUAGAAGAACAAAAGAUGGAGCAUUGUUGGUGACAAGGUGGCUGCAACAAACCCUGCGUCGUGAAAAAAUAGACGUAGGUUCUACAACUCGUUCCAGCUUUGUUUCAUCUGAGGUCCGGUCCAUGAUGAAAGCACUGGCAAAAAGCCAAUCUGCAAUUGUGAGAAACAAAGGACUUAUUCUGUUGGCAGCUGCUGCAACUGCUGCCUUUGAAGAGUCGUUUUCUACUAGAUGGGAUGCAUUUAUCAGUGCAGAGAAAGUACUAACUGCAAGCGCUGAAGACACAAGUCAGAACCUGGCUGCUCAAAUCGUUGAUCUUAUUAACAAGAGUGGCUUAGUUGAGGCGAGUGAUCCGAAGAAGAGAGAAAUGCAAUCCUCACAAGGAUUAAUUUCUUUUCAAGAUGCUUUACUGCUCAUGAUUGUUGGAUACAUGUUGGCUGGCGAGAAUUUCCCUACAUCUGGGUCUGGGGGUCCCUUUUCUUGGCAAGAGGAGCACUUCCUGAAAGAAGCUGUUGUGGAUGUGAUUCUUGAGAAGGCACCAGUUUCAAAGAUAAAGUUCCUCGGUGCUCUGAAGGACGAGCUCAAGGCCAACGUUGGCAGAAAAAGAUGCGGUGAUGCUGCUGAAUCAUCAGAAGAUCAGUUAGACAUUGAUGAUUUGGAUGAUGACCAAUGGGGUAAGUGGGGCGAUGAGGAAGAAGCAGCCGCUGACAAUAAUAAUAAACAACAGUUGUACGACGACAUGCAGCUGAAGCUGGAGUUGCGUGAUAAGGUGGACACCUUUUUUAAGUUCCUUCACAAGUUAUCCAUGCUGAGGAGUGUUCCAUUGAAGGAUGAUGCAUUCUCUGGAGGAAGUGAUUUUGGCGGUGAGAUGGAUGUGAACAAAGGGUUAUUAUCCAAGCUUCUAACUAGCGUGUUGAAAAAGGCAGAUAUCCCACGAAUGGAGUAUCAUUCCUCCACUGUCGGUCGACUGUUCAAGAGUAGCUUUGGAAGAUUUGUUGGGCAGGCAAAACCAAUCCUAGGUGAGCACAAGGUCAUCAUGGUCUUUGUCGUUGGGGGCAUCAAUGGUGUUGAGGUCCUGGAGGCUCAGGAGUCAUUGUCCAAAAGUGAAAGGACAGAUGUACAACUCAUUCUUGGUGGAACGACGAUCUUAACGCCGGAUGAUAUGUUUGAUUUACUGAUCGGAGAAUCCAGUUACUUUUGA